AUGCCCGAAGAAUUAUUUGAUAGUACGAUUGUAUCUUUGUUGAACGGCGGUGAAACAAAUGUCGGUGAAUCAGAUAUCGAAUCCGAAAAGGUUAAAAUUGAGUCAAGUAUUAUUACUUUUCAACAAGCAGAAUUAAUCAUAAAAUGGAUUGAGAAAUUAGAAGUUACAGACGAGAUUAUUGCUUCAUAUGAAUUCAAAUUAUUAGCUCGUGAACGAGGUGUGAUUACAGGUCCCACAUUUCAUGAAUGUUGUGACGAUAAGUUUCCGACUAUAUCAAUCGUUAAAGUGGAAGGAAAUAACGAAAUUCUUGGAGGGUAUAAUCCAAUCGCAUGGAGUUCUGGUAUAUUCUCUUCAUAUGAUAGAACUAGAGAAAGUUUUAUAUUCUCAUUUAAGGAUAAUGAUAUAAGUAAUCAUAUUUUAAGCCGUGUAACGAAUGAGCAGCGUGCUACUUAUAAUCGGAUUAAUUACGGUCCAACAUUUGGUUAUUCAGAUCUUACAAUAAGUCAAAUUUAUGGUAAUAUAUGUAUAAAAUCUGAUUAUGAAAAUUCGAUCAGAGAAUCCAGAGAUAACUUUGAUGUAGAGAUUUGUGAAAUAUAUUUGAUCAUAAAAAAUUGA